AUGAUAGAAGGAAUUGCACAAACCAUAGAAUGCCCUAAUAAUUCUUGUAACAUUCUGAUAGAUGACGUGACAAUCAUGGAUAUAGUAAAGGAUCCAAAAGUCAAACAGAGGUAUCAAUUACUCAUAACAAACAUUUUUGUAGAUUGUAACAAGUUGCUCAGAUGGUGCCCAAUCCCAAAGUGCGGUCACGCUGUCAAAGUACAGUAUAUAGAUGCCAAGCCUGUUAUUUGCAAUUGCAAACACAUUUUCUGUUUUCGUUGUGGAGAAAAUUGGCAUGCCCCGGUGAAUUGUAAUAUACUUCGGAAAUGGAACCAAAAAUGCAAAGAAGACACAGGCACAUCAAAGUGGAUGGCAUUGAAUACAAAGCCAUGUCCAAAAUGUCAGGCAUUGAUACAAAAAAUUGACGGAUGUAAUUAUAUGAGGUGUCCAAGGUGCAGUACUCCAUUUUGUUGGUUUUGUCUCCAUCCAUGGAAACAUGCCUUUCAUAGUUGGAAUAACUGUAAACAAUUGAAUAGGAAAAAAAUUGCUGAUACAAAAUACGCACAAGAAAAAACUAAAACAGAUUUGGAGAAAUAUAUUUUCUACAAAGACAAAUACAUGCAUCACAUGUUCUUUCUCAAACAUGAAGAUAUUCUGCAUGACAAAGUAGAAGAAAAGACAAAAGAAAUGCAAAAUCUAAAUAAAUCUUGGAUAGAAGUACAAUUUUUGAAAACAGCUGCAGAUAUUUUGUGUUAUUGUAGACGAAUACUCAUGUACACUUAUGUUUUUGCUUAUUAUAUUCAACAAAAUAACCAAACUGUAAUUUUGGAAGAUAAUUUACAGGAUUUGGAAAAUGCCGUUGAGAUUCUGGUCGGUUAUUUACAUCAAGACGUUGAUGAACAAAAUUUGAGUGAUAUGAACCAAAAAGUUCGAAAUCAAUACAACUACUGUGACAGUCGGAGAAAAGUUUUAUUGGAACACGUGCAAGAAGGGAAUGACAAACAUUGGUGGACAUUCGAUGACUAA